CGGUCACAUGGCCUACCGAGCACGGACAAAGCCUCGGCACAGUGCUUUAUGAUCGCUCGUCAGUCCAGCGAGUUCGUCACAAGCAGUGAAGCCUCGGUGUCAGGCGUUCCCGUCAGUACUGACAGCUGCGACUGAGCGACUAAGGAGGCAGCGACCCGGGGAAAAAUGGAGCGCCGAGAUGUCGAGUUCAACAUCAUGCUAGCGACCGAUUCAUACAAGGUAACGCAUUAUAAACAGUACCCCCCCAACACGAGUAAAGUGUACUCCUACUUCGAGUGCCGCGAGAAGAGGACGGAUCCAACCAAAAGCACAAAAGUGAAAUACGACAAAACGGUUUUCUAUGGGCUUCAGUACAUCCUCCACAAAUAUCUCAAAGGAAAGGUGGUGACUCCACGGAAGAUUCAGGAGGCAAAGGAGGUAUACAGAGAACACUUCCAGGACGACGUUUUCAACGAGAAGGGUUGGAAUUAUAUUUUGGAGAAACACAGCGGACACCUGCCAAUUGAAAUCAAGGCAGUGCCGGAGGGCAGUGUCAUCCCCAGAGGCAACGUUUUGUUCACAGUGGAGAGCACAGACCCAGAAUGCUACUGGCUCACCAACUGGGUGGAGACGAUCCUCGUGCAGAUCUGGUACCCCAUCACUGUGGCGACAAACUCCAGAGAGCAGAAGAAGAUUCUUGCCAAUUACCUCCUCGAGACUUCUGGGAACUUGGAGGGACUCGACUACAAGCUGCACGACUUCGGCUACAGAGGCGUCUCCUCACAGGAGACUGCGGGCAUCGGGGCCUCUGCCCACCUGGUCAACUUCAAGGGCACGGACACAAUUGCCGGAGUCGUCGUCAUUAACAAGUACUACGGCUGCAAGGAUGCUGUGGCGGGUUUCUCAGUGCCUGCUGCUGAGCACAGCACCAUCACAGCGUGGGGGAAGGACCAUGAAAAAGACGCCUUUGAGCACAUCAUCAAGCAGUUUCCAAGUGUGCCUGUGUCCAUAGUUAGCGAUAGCUAUGACAUCUACAACGCAUGCGAGAAGAUCUGGGGCGAAGAUCUACGGGCGCAGAUAGAGACGCGCAGCGCACAGGCCCCGCUGGUUGUUCGGCCAGACUCCGGAAACCCGCUUGAUACAGUUUUGAAGGUUUUGGAGAUCCUUGGUAAGAAGUUUCCCCCAAAAGAGAACUCUAAAGGCUACAAGGUUUUUCCUCCUUACAUCCGAGUUAUACAAGGAGACGGAGUGGACAUCAACACGCUGCAGGAGAUUGUUGAAGGGAUGAAGCACCACAUGUGGUCCAUUGAGAACAUUGCUUUUGGCUCUGGAGGGGCUCUGCUGCAGAAACUGACCAGAGAUCUGCUCAACUGCUCCUUCAAAUGCAGCUAUGUGGUCACAAACGGGCUGGGGAUGAACGUUUUCAAAGACCCCGUAGCAGAUCCCAACAAGAGGUCAAAGAAGGGUCGCCUGUCCCUGCAUCGGACGCAGAGCGGAGACUUCGUCACACUGGAAGAAGGGAAGGGGGAUCUGGAGGAGUACGGCGAAGACUUGUUGCACACAGUGUUUAGGAACGGGAAGAUUGUGAAGACGUACACAUUUGAUGACGUCAGAGACAAUGCCAAGCUCAAAGAGAGUGAGCUUGAAGAGCUGCUGCAGUGAGUGCAGCACCAUGUAACCUCCAUUCCAACACGCUUCUCAACCUGUCCAGGAGUCUAAGCCCAGUUCUAUCAUCUGCAAAAACCAGAGAUGCAACUGGACACCCUCGGUUUCCAGAGUGCAGAGCUUUAGAAUUGAAAACCUGUGCUUUGAAUGUUGAAUGUUACCUGUCAAUGAGCGGAUUGAAAGAUGAUUCAAACACUCACUGGGUGUUGACGUCUCUCAUCUCAGUUUUGAGUUUGCAGUGUGCCAUGUCUUGUUGAGGGAGACCUUUUAUUUGCAGCAUCACUCUGUGAUUGAUGACCACCCAUGGGUGCCACUUUAUUGGUCAUGGGCGACAUCAAUGACAGGCUUAGAGGACUGCAUUGGUCUACAUGGAUCUGCUAACCGUGGUGAAAAUGGUUUAAUGCUCUUCGACUUUGCAAAAAGGUGGCGGCUGUGAGUUUUCCUGGCAGUAGAUUGACCAUGUUGUUAUGGGGAAACUGCUGGAGAAUACUGUAGGGUUUCCAGAACUGCCUAGUAUGAGAAUGCUAACCAGAGACCUUUUUGACUUCCCCAAGGAUUCCGUUGAAUCUGGCUACUGCUUGCUCAGUGCCCAAGGUUAAAUUUGGCCAGACUUCUCAGGAAUUGGCGUGCAGUCUGGCUGGAGGGCUUGCAGACAUGGGCACAUGUGGUAGUCCAAAUGGAAUGUGGGCGUUCUUCCACAACCAUAUCUUGAAAGGUUUGUAUCGGAGUCACUAGUGUCCAUAGGAGGAGGUGUUGCACAUUUGAGGAUGUCAUUUAGAAGUAUCGUAAUGCAUGGCCCGGAGCUGAGAAAACCAGCUGUGAUCGCCCUGGAGCCAUUUAUUGGAGGAAUCUGUCACUGGGCAAUUCACUAUCUGAGGGCUAGUGACCCUCAACCUGCUUACAGAAGAAUCAAAGCACUUUCUGUGAAAACCUCAAAAGUACUAUGAUGGUGACUGUGUAAGUGGAAAUCCUUCGUUUACAAAAUAGAAUUUGCGUUUGAAAAUAUUGCACUGAUUUUAAACACUUAAAAUUAAGCAAUUAUGUCAGAAUGAUUGCUUCAAAAGACUAAGUCAUGCAGUUGUUUGAGGAAUAGUUUUUGUACAACUCAAAACGCCGAUGGUGGCAGCUUAUUGAUAAUGAGCAUUGAUUCAUAAUAAAGAUUUCACUGUUCAUUUGUGUAUAUGUGUAUAUGUAUAUAUGUGUAUGUAUGUAUGUGUAUGUGUGUAUAUAUGUAUGUGUGUGUGUGUAAUAUUAAGCUACUGCAUCCUGUUAAGGGCUGUAAGGGGUAAGCUGGAUCAGAUCCAAGACAGAGGUGAGAGGCAAAGUCCAUGGACGGGCUAUUUGCUGUUUUAAAAACAAGAAAUGUCACUUUUAAACACUUAAACAAGUGAAAUACAAAAAAAAAAAGCAAUUUAGAAAAUGAUGGUGUCAAAACACUGUUUUCUGCAGCUCAAAAACAGUGGCAUCUUAUGGUUAAA